AAUGGGUCAUGAAGAAGAUAUUUUGCGUUUUCCGCGGCAGGGAACGAAAGCUGAUUUCAUCGAAGGCGGUUUACGGCUGCUUCUACCGUUAGAUCUCUCAAUCUCCACCGUUUAUUCUUCAAUUUGGUUUUAGAUAUUUCUACAAGAGAAUUUUAAGUAGAGAAAGUUAGAAGCUAAUUUUGACAAAACAGAGUUGGUUCUGCUGCUUCUUCAACUAGUGAAUGAUCAGAAAUUAGGGUUUUCGUUUUUAGGGAUUGUUUGUUUUGUGGACGAUCCAGUGUGUAUGGAAAAUGGGUGAAAUUGUAGCGAGUAGUGAAGAGUUCAUGGAGUUGGAAGAGGUGGAGAAGGACAGUUCGCCCGAAGUGAUGAGGUGGGAGAGGUUUCUUCCUCGGAUGGUUCUUAGGGUUUUGUUGGUUGAAGCCGACGAUUCCACUCGUCAGAUUAUCACCGCUCUGCUCCGAAAAUGCAACUACAAAGUUGCUGCUGUUUCGGAUGGCCUAAAGGCUUGGGAAAUACUAAAGGGGAGAGCCCAAAGCAUAGACCUCAUAUUGACUGAAGUGGAUUUGCCAUCAAUAUCUGGAUAUGCGCUUCUUACCUUGAUUAUGGAGCAUGAAACAUGCAAAAACAUACCUGUUAUUAUGAUGUCUUCCCAGGAUUCAAUUAGUGUGGUUUGGAAGUGCAUGAUGAAAGGUGCUGCCGAUUUUCUCAUAAAGCCUGUUAGGAGGAAUGAGCUGAAGAACCUAUGGCAGCAUGUUUGGAGAAGACAAACUCAAACUGUUGGGCAUGUUCAUGACAACACAGCUGCUGCACAACACAGAGUCGAAGCCACUUCUGAAAACAAUGCAGCAAGCAAUCACUCAAGUGAUUAUUUGCCCCCUGCACAAAACAAUAAGGAAUGCAGCGAGAAAGCGUGUGAUGCUCAAAGCUCUUGUACAACGCCUUACUUGGAAGCUGAGAGUGCGUAUAUACAAAAUAUGCAGGGUCUGUCACAGCGGAAAUGCGAGAGUGCAUCUAACUUGAUCAAUACAGAGAAGCAUGAAGAAUGUGUGAAAUUGGUCAAUAAAUCAAUUAUGCCUCACAUUGUAACUGAGGACUCAAGUAGAUAUGGUCCAGAAGGUGCUUCCUGCGAGGAAGCUUAUAACUCAACUUCUAUCAGAUUGGGAGAUCAUGUUGAUGCUAAAACAAUGACCACAUAUGCAAGCAUGGAGCCAGAAAGUCGCAGAGAAAAUGCUGAUGUCACUGGUGCGUUUCAUUGCGACAUUGAUGAACUAGUUGAACCGACAAGUGAAGCCAUUGACUUAAUUGGCAAAUUUGAAAGUCGUCCAACAGACACUUAUGGACACUUUGGUGCCAAAGGUGAAACAACUAAGUUUGCUUUUGCUCCACAAUUGGAACUUUCUUUAAGAAGAUUCCAUCCUAGUUGUUCAAAGAAUGAAGGUACCGAUGAAAGGAGUACACUAAACCACUCCAAUGCCUCUGCCUUUUCAUGGUAUAAUAAUAGUAAGACAUCGCAACCACUUUUUGCACCAGUUGCUAGUACUUGUACUGAACCAAAGGAAUGCACAAGUACUUUUCAAAAUCAGUUGUCUAAUCAACUCCCUGAAAACAUCGAUUGUAGUUCUCAAUGGCAUGGUAAAGUAUUAAGUACCAGUCAGAAUAAUAUGAGCACUCUGGUUGUUGGUCAAUCUGGACAGGCUGAUGCAGCACGUCCAAGUACUCAACUUGGUUACUUUUCAGUUCCAGGUGUAAGGUUUGAUAGUUUAUGUAGUGGCUACAGUCAAAUAUUGCCACCUAUAUUUUAUACACAAUCAGGUCUUCCGCAUGUCUGGGGUUCCAAAUCAGCAGGCCAGCAGGAUCAGCCCCCUUUCUCAAUGAGUGCCUUACUUCGUUCUGAUUCUGAAGUUCACAACUCGGAACGAGGCUACUGCAUGUUUGAUGAGACAACCAAUCAUUCCAGUGACCAAACAUUGCGAGAGGAGGAGAACAAUAAGGAAACUAUGGAGGUAAUGAGACAUGGUUCUCUCGUUGGUGGUAGUUUAUGUAAUGGUGUUGCAAGUAAGCUCAACAGAGGUGUGUGUGGAAGCAUUUGUAAUUCAAGUGAUCAGGAUGCCACUUCAGCUACUGCAGUUGCAAAAACUACUGUCUCUGAGAGCGUGAAUGACAAUCCUCUUCUCAUUCGUGAUGGAUCAAGAGAGAUGGAUUCUCAUUGCCCCACCCAAAGAGAAGCGGCUCUAAUGAAGUUCAGAUUGAAAAGAAAAGAACGAUGCUAUGAGAAAAAGGUUCGAUACCAAAGCAGGAAAAGACUUGCGGAGCAGCGCCCCCGAGUAAAAGGACAGUUUGUUCGCCAAGUGCAGAGUGACUCUGCACCUGCUGAUACUGAUGGUUGCCUAUGAGAUUCAUUAAUGCUCAUCUGGUCUAUCAGAGUUUUAAAAGUUUUCCUUUGACUUGGUAGGAACUGUAGAUUAUUUGAUGCAGUUUUUAUGAAUGUUUUGUAUAGUUGAAGCUUAAUAGAUACUGGGAAAAGAUAAUGCCACUGAAGCCUUUUGACAAAGGAAUAGGGUUCGACCGGAAUUUUUAGCAUUUAGUUAGAUGGGUAGUGUUGUAAGUAUUUAGUCGCCUGCAUAUGGCUUCUCUCUGGGAGGAAACUGACUUCCUAGGUUAUUGAAUUUAUUUUGUACGCCCAUGUGUAUACAUGUAACAUGUUUACCAUGUAUCUAGGCAGGUUUUCUUGCACAAUUUGCCUUUGUUGGUUGGUGUUUGCUGUUUGUAGAUGGUUCAAGGAGCACAUCCAGGUCAUACGUUACAAAAUAUAAUCUGUUCAACUGUUCACAAACUACACAAUGAAAAUUUAUUAAUCUCUGUCGAUUUUUAUGUUUCUGCUAA